AUGACAAAACCAAAUCUACUUGAACUCCCGAGGGGAGUUCAGCUCGUCUACCUUGCCGAGGGAGGGGCAAAUGUGAUUUAUCGAUUUGUCGGAAAUCCAGUCUGCAAAAAAGACCCCAAGAGGCCACUAUCUCCAUCUACACUCGACACAGAUUGCAACCUACCAUCCCGAUUCAAGGGAAAAUUACUCCGACUCCGCAAAGAAACCCCAGCCGACAUUUCCUAUAAAGAGAUUGUCCGAAACUUUGACACUAUCAUCCGACCGUUAUUCAACCCCGAAGAACUAGUUGAUCAAACUCUCAUCAGACUCCCAGAGGGUCUCCUCUCCAGCUGCAAUGAGCAGCUCCGGACCGCCGAACUAAACGGCGCGCGUCCAAAGAAGCGCCAUGGCUGCUAUCUCUGCCUACACGAACCGUUCGGCCUCCUCAUCACCGACAUGACGACGGCCGGAGAUCCUGGCGCUAGCCUCGCCGAGCUAAAACCCAAGUGGCUCAACCAAUCUCCGACAGCGCCUGCGACAGCGCAUAGAUGUCGGACCUGCGCGUUGAGAGAGAUGAAAAAUCGCGAGUCGCAACUCCAAGGCUUGAAAGAGCAGCGAUCGUUCUGUCCGCUAGAUCUAGUAUCGGAACAGUAUGAGAAUGUGCUGCGGGCGACGGGGUUGAUCAAGGGCUGCAAGGAUCGAUCGCGACUGGCUCGGAUCUUGUAUCGCAACCCGACACUUCAGAGGCUGCAAUCACUACAGAAGACUGAAAGGGAUGUCGGGCUGCAUGGCCCGGCCGCGCAGUCUCGAGAGAUGUCGCUUGCGAUGACGCUACGGGACUGCACGAUGUUUAUCAAGAUCCCCCAUGACGAAAAGUCACCUGUUGAAAUCCGCCUUGGCGACCUCGAUCUGAAGACAGGCGCCGGCGGGAAAGCUGGAUACUGGCGAGAUCUAGAAACACGACUGAUUGAUCAGGGUUGGUAUCGGGGAAGCAACAUUAGCCAAGACUCUGGCGAGUGCGCUUUACAAAGCCAGCGACGACCCUCUCAGUCUCAUUUAUCAUGA